CGUGUAUUGAGAAAUUUUCGUAUGUUUCAGUUUCAUAUUACUUUUAAGUCUUAAAAUGUUGACAAAUAAAAUAUUUCUGAAAAAGACAAAAAAGGGAAGUAUUCUGAAGAUUGUCCGAGAGCAUUACCUGCGUGAUGACAUAUCGUGUGGAUCAGCCUUAUGCGAAAAAUGUUUGCACGAACCGAAAGGCCCAUCUUUGGAAGAAAGUCCUGUGAAUCAAAGCACCUUGUUUGACAAGCAUCAUUAUUUGAUUCCUGACACUAAUGUUGUUCUUCAUCAGAUUGAUGUCCUAGAAGACAGUGCCAUUCAGAAUGUGAUCAUAUUACAGACUGUUCUUGAAGAGGUUCGUCAUCGAAGCGCCCCAGCUUAUAAACGACUGAAAGAUGUGAUAUCAAACCCAGCAAAACACUUCUACUCAUUUGCAAAUGAAUUUAACAAAGAUACAUAUGUUGAACGGGAACCAGGGGAGAAAUCCAAUGACCGUAAUGAUCGGGCCAUACGGGAAGCUUCCCUCUGGUACCAGGCUCAUCUUACAAAGCUGAGAACCAAAAUAUCUGUUGUCUUGGUGACCAAUGAUGCUGACAACCGGACCAAAGCUAAGGAAAAGGGACUUACUGCUUUUACUAUUCAGGAAUAUGUGAAGGGGAUGAAGGAGAAUGGCUCCCUGCUUGACAAACUUGCUCAUGUGGGAACCAGCAUGGUCGUGCAGCGGGACAAGGUACAGUUUCCGGAGCACCUGUCUAUGUCUGAGCUACAGCGGGGAAUCAAGACAGGAAAGUUUCUGCAGGGUUCGUUUCUAGCGAGUCGGGAAAACUACCUGGAGGCAAAUGUCAGCAUUCAUGGGCAGGAAAAAAUGGUUUUCUUACAAGGUCACAAAAACCUGAAUCGAGCAGUUAACGAUGAUGUGGUUGCCAUAGAAAUGUUGCCAGAAACAGAAUGGAGUUGUCCCAGCUCUCUUGUCCUGGAAGAAACUGAAGAGAAAGCAGAUGAUGCAGAUAUUGAAGCAGAGGAUGCUAGUCUCAAGCGUAAUAAAGUUCCAAAAGAUCUUCGACAGCCAACCGGUCGAGUUGUCGGGAUAAUCAAGCGCAACUGGAGGCAGUACUGUGGAAUUCUACAGAAAUCGGCUGUUAAAGAGGCUACAAGACAUCUGUUUGUGCCAGCGGAGAAAAAAAUGCCAAAGAUCCGGAUUGAAACUCGACAAGCAGCUGAUCUGUGUAGCCAGAGGAUUGUUGUCGCUAUUGAUAGCUGGCCGAGAAACUCGCGGUACCCUCAGGGACACUUUGUACGCAAGCUCGGAACUAUCGGGGACAAAGAGACGGAGAAUGAGGUUUUGUUACUGGAACAUGAUGUUCCACACUCCGCUUUCUCCCAACAAGUGCUUGCAUUCCUACCCUCGUUGCCCUGGACUAUCACAGAAGAGGACAUGAAGCAUCGCACAGACCUUCGUCACCUCACUGUCUGCAGUGUAGAUCCUCCAGGCUGUACAGAUAUUGAUGAUGCGCUUCAUUGUCGAGACCUGCAAAACGGCAACCUUGAGGUUGGCGUACAUAUAGCAGAUGUGAGUCAUUUUAUCCGGCCGGGAAAUGCAAUGGACAAAGAAGCAUCUUCACGAGGAACAACCGUCUACCUGGUGGAUAAGAGAAUAGACAUGGUUCCAGAAUUACUGAGUUCUAAUCUGUGCUCAUUACGAAGUGAUGGCGAUAGAUUUGCUUUCACCGUUAUUUGGGAAAUGUCACACAAAGCUGAGAUUGUAAAAACAACUUUUAUGAAGAGUGUGAUUCGCUCUAAGGCAUCUUUAACAUAUGGGGAGGCUCAGAUGAUUAUAGAUGAUCCGAAGAGAAAUGAUGAGAUUGCUACCAGCUUGCGGGGCCUCAAUAAACUAGCAAAAGUAAUGAAGCAGCGGAGAAUUGAUAAAGGUGCUCUGACGCUGGCCUCACCGGAGAUCAGAUUCAACAUCGACAGCGAGACUCAUGAUCCCAUUGAUGUACAGGCAAAACAACUGAUGGACACUAACUCUAUGGUUGAAGAGUUUAUGUUGCUGGCCAACAUAUCAACAGCAGAGAGAAUUCACCAAGAAUUUCCCAACUGCGCUGUCCUGAGACGCCACCCCUCGCCACCACCCUCGAACUUUGACCCACUAAUUAAAGCAGCUCUGUCAAAGGGCUUCAAAAUGAACGUGUCCACAGGCAAGGACCUUGCAGACAGUCUGAACGCUGCGGUAAUUCCCGAUGAUACAUACUUCAACACGAUGUUACGGAUCAUGACCACGCGAUGUAUGAUGCAGGCCGUGUAUUUCUGCAGUGGUAUGAUUCCCGAGUCAGAGUUCCUACAUUAUGGCCUCGCGUCAGAAAUCUACACACACUUUACGUCACCAAUCAGACGGUACUCCGAUAUCCUUGUCCACCGGCUGCUAGCUGUAUGUAUAGGAGCCGACGCCUCGUACCCAGAACUCCUCGAAAAACAGAAAACACAGGCAGUGUGUAACAAUCUCAACUACCGACACAAGAUGGCGCAGUAUGCCGGUCGGGCCUCGGUGAAUCUACACACUCAUCUAUUCUUUAAAAAACGGGUCGUGGAUGAGGAAGGUUACAUUCUGUUUGUGCGUAAAAAUGCUGUGCAGGUCCUCAUUCCCAAGUAUGGACUUGAGGCUACAUUAUACCUGAAUACAGAGUCACGCAAGAAAGGCCCUGUGUUUGUUUUCAAUGAAGAGGAGAACACACAGAGUUGCGGGGACGUUACGCUGCGAGUGUUUGACCGCCUGAUUGUCCAGAUCAGCAUCGACCGGACCAAUGUCCAGCACCUUAAACUGCGUACACAGCUUGUACAACCAGUGGUACCUGAAUUUAGUGUUCCACCUGCAUCAACAGAAACAUCGGAAGAUGAACCACCGAAGAAAAAAAUGAAAACAUGAACUGGUUACCGUUGUUAAAUAGUUAUGAAUUGUGCAAACACAAACUUCACAUGUUUUAAGGUCAAGUUAAACUUGUCAUUCAUUCAUGUAUUGGAUAUAAACUUGUUAAGUACUAUAAAAUAAGUCAUACAUUUUGUUGUUCUGUAAUUACAUUUCCCCAUCAGAACUGUCUUAGUUGCAUAAAAGAUGUAAAAAUG